AUGCCCGUUUCUCGACAUUCAUUUCGUCGUGUUAUCGAUGAUUUAGUUAAUCGUCAUAACGUUAAAAAUGAAUCAACGAAUGGUUAUUUUAGAAAUAAUAGUACUCGAUCAAGUCAAAAGAUCGACCGAACUUCUAUUAUUAGUAAUGAUUCAUUAUUGACAUCUCAAACAUAUUAUGAACGAUUACAUAAAUGUGAAAAGGACGUUUACAAAUCAUUAAGUUAUCUUGAUCAAGUUUUAGCACAUAAUAAACUUGAAAUAUUAGCGAAUAUUACUACAUCAUUAAUUGAAAAUAUUUUUGAUAUUGAAAAUAUUUUAAAAGGAAUAUUUGAACAUCAAUCAGAAUCAUUUCGAACACAUCUUCUUACUGAUAUUUAUUCAUUAUUAGCUGAUCUAAUCGAAUGGUCUGAUAAAGUCAUUCUUUCAAAAACCAAUAAUGAUGAUACAUAUAGAAAAAUUGCAAAAGAUCUUCUGAUAGCUGUUCAGAUUUGUAUUACGACAUCAUUACAAACACGUUCUGAUUCAUUUCAAAGUUUCCUAUCAGUCAACAAUCAUGCAGAUAAUCUUGCUCCAACUCUUCCGUUAAAACGAGAAAAACGUUCAGUGAGUUCAUCAGCUUCGAUCCUAUCAAAUCGAUCUCGAAAUACUACAAGUCCUAAUUCUUAUCUUUUUUUAUCAUCACAAGAACAAAGUAACGAUGAAUGUAUUCAAUCAAUUGUUGAUGAUAUUAAUCAUAUUGUUGAAAACUAUACACGUGAACUUGAUGAUGCUUUAUGCACGAAACCAGCAGUUCGUUCGUCUUCAAUCGAUUAUAUGUCUCAACCGAAUCAUUUAUCUAUAUCUGCAUGUCGUCAUAAUAGUAUGAAUGUUUUACAUCAAACAAAAUAUUCACAUGGAAUGAAUUACAUAGACGAAGAAAAUACAUAUCCCAACGAGAAAGAAUCUCGAAAAAUAAAUACAACAGAUGAUCCACCACCAUUACCACCAAAACGACAAAUAGCUCGAGCAUACAUGUCUCUAUUCGAUCGAUAUGACCAACAUGAAGCUCAAUCAUUUCUUCGUGAUACUUGUUUUGUUUCGACAUCACAGCGUCGUUUUGAAGAUUUGUUUGAACAAAUUCAAGAUCAUUAUCCACAGACACAAAUAUUUUCUAAUAGUGAAGAAUGCUUGAAAAAUAAAGAUGAAAUGAUGAAAAGUCUGCAUAAAAACUCUUCUAAAGAUAAUAUUUCAAUAGAUCGAUUGAGUAUACAAGAUCCUAAUGAAAAAAAUCAGAAUACAAAUGAUUUAUUUCUUGAAUGUAUAUCUCAUUUACUUGUUUUUAAUAUGAAUGAAGAUCCUCCAUUACGUGGUGGUUCUAUUGAUGCAUUGAUUAUUAGAGCAACAUCAACUGAUAAAAAAGAUUUUCUCUAUCAAGAAGCAUUUUUAACAACAUAUCGUACAUUUAUUUCUCCCAGUGAUCUUGUUGACAAACUCGUACAACGUUAUGCAUUCUUUGCUCAAAUUGAAACAAAGAAAAAGGCUGCUCGAUGUUCAUUUUCACUGUUGAUUCGUAUUAUCGACGAAAUCGACAAUGAAUUGACUGAUGAUCUAAUGAAAAAACUUUCACAUUUUGUUACAAAUUUAAUUCGCCAAGGUACACUUCAAUUAGGUAAACUAUUAAGACGAAAAUCAUUUGAACGGUAUGCUAAAUUAAAAUCAAAUUGUGAAAAAUCUCAACAAGAUGUUGUCCUUAUUCAAAAUUCUAUUUCAUCAAAACGAGCAACAUUACUUGAUUUUCAUUCAAUCGAUUUAAGUGAACAAUUGACAUUAGUCGAUUCAGAAUUAUUUCUUAAAAUUCAAUUAUCUGAAGUUUUAUACAUGUCGAUUGAAAAAGGAGAAGAAUAUUCACCAAAUUUAGCAGCAUUUACUGAACAUUUUAAUAAUAUAUCUUAUUGGGUACGGUCUCGUAUACUUGAACGAAACUCUCAACGACAACGUGAAAAUUAUUUUGAAAAAUUUCUCAAAAUUUUAAAACAUUUACGACGAUUGAAUAAUUUCAAUUCUUAUCUAGCUAUACUUUCAGCACUUGAUUGUGGACCGUUAAAACGAUUGAAUUGGUCAAAACAUAUCAUCGAUGCUGUUUCUGAGCACACUGGACUUAUUGAUAGUACUGGUUCAUUUAAAAAUUAUCGUGAAGCACUGAACGGGUCAGUUGGUCAACCAUGUAUUCCUUAUAUUGGUUUAAUUUUGUCUGAUUUAACAUUUGUUCAUAUUGGUAAUUCAGAUUAUUUGCAAGAUGACCGAAUAAUUAAUUUUUGGAAACGAUGGCAACAAUUUACAAUAUUACAUAAACUUCGUUAUUGUCGAAAAUGGGAAUAUAAAUUUGUUCGCAAUGAUCGUAUUUUAUAUUUUUUUAAUAAUUUUGAUGACUAUAUGAAUGAAGAAGCACAAUGGAUACAAUCAGAAAAGAUUAAACCAAGACAAAAAGCGAAUCCGUACGGAUAA